AUGAUUUCGACAGCUUCUCCUGGAUGUGAGGCCAGCUUGGCCGCCGCGCACAUCGUGGUGUCAUCCUCAACGUCGCUGCUCGCGGCCGCGCGUGGCGCCGCCGCCGCCACUGCAACCGCAGCCGUCGGCGCCGCGACGUUCCACCCCGUCCUCGCGCCACUCGGCGCCGCGGCGGCGCUGCGCGUCAACGGCGGCGCCCGCGAAUCCGCGGUGCACAUCACACGCACCCAGCGACGCGGUGGGCAGCGGCGGGCGACGCCGAUCGCGGCGUCCAAGAAGCUGCCCCGCGCAUACUCAGCGCGCGUGUCAGAGUUUGCGGCGGCUGCGGAGCACGCGCUCUCUGAUUCCUGCUUUUCCGACGAGUCCGGGCCGGCUGUGCUCAGCAACCUGCGGGACUGGCGCAGCUGCAGCAGUAGCCAGGGGCCACGGCAGCUGCAGCAGCAGCAACAGGUGGCGGCAUCGGCGCACGAGCCUUGGUUGUUCUCCAUGGCACUGCAGGCCAGCAUGCUGUGA